AGGAGCUAGAGAACAGAGCAGGGUUGUGGCUCUGAGGCGAGCACGGGAGGAGAGAAGACAACAGAGAUAAGAAAGAACGCCCUGAUGAAGAAGCCUUCUAAGAUUAAUCCCUGCAUUUAGAAGAGAACUAUGCUAUACCCAGGUAGCUUCCUCUCUGAGAAGCAGUUCCAGUGCGCCAUCUGCUUAGAUGUCUUUGACAAUCCGGUCUCCACUCCAUGUGGCCAUAGUUAUUGCAUGAACUGCAUCGGGCAUUAUUGGAAUGGAGUCAAACUCUAUCAGUGCCCAUUGUGCAAGAAAUGCUUUAAGAAGAAACCUGAGCUCCACAUCAACCGCACUCUUCGAGAGAUCACAGAGCAGUUCAAGAAGAUGAAGGAAGAAGCUGGUUCAUGUGGUGGGUUUGGAAGAGGAGAAUUACAAGGAAGAGGGAUGGAGAAAAGGGCUCUAAAACAAGGCCACCUGCCUGGAGAUCUCUUUAUUGAAAUGAAGCACAGGUUUCUCAAACCUUCUCCUCCUUCUGAAACUCAGAACUUUCAGUCACUGGGCCUACAGCCAAUGUUAAUGGAAAUAAAUGAAUCUGAUAGCUUGCAGCCCCAGGAACUUAUGAGAAGAGUGUCUCUCAGGAGAUACACUCUGAGUGGAGCUGCAGACAGCAGGAAAGUGCCACAGUGUGCAAAACACCACCAUAAACUAGAUCUUUUCUGCAAAUCUGAUGGGGAAUGUAUCUGCUCUGAGUGCGGAGAUUUAGAUCACCAAUCACAUAACAUCAUCCCUGCAGAAAAGGAGUGGCUAACAAGCAAGAUUGAGAUUAACAUCGCAGAAGCAAAAAUACAGGAAAUGAUUGGACAAAGGCAGAGGAAAAUAGAGGAGAUUAAAUUAUCUCUGGAAGGAAUAAAAAUGUCUGCAGAAAGAGAGACACGGGAAAGCAUACGUGUGUUUGGGGAACUUCUGAGCUCUGUUGAGCGCGGCCAGGCCGAGCUGAUAGAGGCAGUAGAAUUGGGACGGUGCUCAGCAGAACACAAGGCUGAAGGAAUAAUCAGAGAGCUGGAGCUGGAGCUCACAGAGCUGUGGAAGAGAAGUGCAGAGCUGAGCAAACUGGCCCAGAUUGAUGACUGCAUCAGUGGACUGAAGAGCUACACUUCUCAUCUCAACACUCUCACGCCAGUCAGAGAGUGGGCUGAAGUCUCAGUAACCUUUGACCUUGGGACAAAGACAGUCUACACUUCACUAUGUGAACUCCUAGGGCACUUCCAGGAGGAGAUUCAGAAACUACCAGAAACCUGCCUAUCAGCAUUAACUCAUCUUUCACCACUGAAAGCCCAGCCACAGAUGAAGAAAAUGCAGGAGUAUGCAGUGGAUGUAACCUUGGAUCCCAACACGGCCCAUCCUCGGCUCAUCCUGUCAGAAGACGGAAAGCAAGUGAAGUGUGGUAACAGGCACCAACUCGUUCCCAACAACCCCGAGCGUUUUGAUUGUAUGGUGUGUGUGCUGGGCCAGGAGGCCUUUACAGAUGGUCGGCACUACUGGGAAGUGGAGGUGGGAGGCAAGACAGACUGGGAUUUGGGGGUGGCCCGCCACACUGUAAACAGGAAGGGAAAAGUAACUGUCAACCCUAGCAAUGGAUACCGGUGCCUCAGCCUACGAAAUAAGACCAACUAUGCCUUUGGAAUAGACCUUUCCCUCAACCUUCCCCUUAACCCCAAACCCAGAAAGAUUGGUGUGUUUUUGGACUAUGAGAAAGGGCAGGUUUCCUUCUAUAAUGUUGAUGCUCAGCUGCAUAUCUACACAUACACAGAUAUGUUCUGUGAGGCCAUCUACCCGUUCUUCAGCCCCUGCACUAACAAGUCGGGCAAGAAUGAUGCAGCACUUGUCAUUACACCUGUUUUGCUUCCUGUCUGACAGAUAUGGUGGCUGAAAACUGUUUUGACCAAGCACUGUAAAAGAAAGAAACGUAAUAAGGCAUUUGAGUUUAAAGAAAAACCUUGUACAGUUUUCUUCAAUAUAGUCUUUAACUCACCAGAAGGGUUUUUUAUGGUUUACAGUAUGUUCUAUCACUUGUCUUCUGUGCAAUAUAGUUCUAUCCUUAUAUUUAAAAAUAUAUUUAUUACAGUAAUAUUGUAAUGUCAUUUUCUCUACUAUGAAAGUAAUCGAUCUUCCUGUGAAGGUUUCAUU